AUGCCCUUGCUAACUCACAUGGAUAUAGAUCCAUUGGCUCUCUCAGAGGUGGUUGCUUUUGGAGUUGAGCCUUAUGAGCAUUUGGAACGCAUGGAGAAUGAGUAUGAAGCCUUGGCUACUAUAAAGUGUAAGGCAUCUUAUUGCUUUCCAAUAGUGUACCCACCUGCAGUUGAUUGGUGUACAAUGUUGGGAAGGAGGCAACAGUUGUAUUGCAGCUUAAAAGUGAUUGUUCUCUUGGUUACCUCCAUAUCGUAUUACCAAACUAAAGGAAAUAGACAUCAAAUAUUAGCUGCUCACCAAAGAAGAAGGUUUAGAAGGUUCAUCAAGUUGUUGAAGAAAGAGGAUAGUGUUGUGAGCACCUACCGUGAUCAUGUUCAUGCUCUAAGCAAGGGGGUGCCUGCUCGUGCUGUGAUGAGCGAGUUGUUUGGGAAGAAAACAGGGUGUUACCGUGGUCAGGGUGGAUCCAUGCACAUGUUCUCUGCUGAACACAAUGUUCUUGGAGGGUUUGCCUUUAUAGGAGAAGGCAUCCCUGUUGCCACAGGUGCAGCAUUCAGUAGCAAGUACAGGAGAGAAGUGUUGAAUGAAGCAGAUUGUGAUCAUGUGACAUUGGCAUUCUUUGGAGAUGGGACCUGUAAUGAUGGGCAGUUCUUUGAGUGUUUGAACAUGGAAACUCUAUGGAAAUUGCCUAUCCUAUUUGUGGUGGAGAACAUUCUGUGGGCAAUUGGGAUGUCCCAUCUGCGUUCAACUUCAGAUCCAGAAAUCUAG